AUGAGUUAUUAUGUUGUGGAGCGUCUAUUAGAUCGACGCGUCCGUGACGAAGAUGGAACAAUAGAGUACAAAGUUCAUUGGAAAGGCUAUGACGAUGAACGAGAAACGUGGGAGCCGCGCUCAAAUUUGCUUGAAAACUGCACUGAGGCAAUGCAAGAUAUUGACCAAAAGAAAAUAGAGGACACAGAAAAAUGCAUUGAGACAUGGCGCUGUGAAACCGGUUUAGCAGGGGACCUCGAUGCUCUGGUCAAGAAUCGCGGGGGGUCUAAAUCUCGCAAACGCAGUCGGUUCGUUGAAACACGCACGUGCCCAAAAGACGACGUUGAGACGCUUUCUUGCGUGUUGUUGAGGUACAAAGGUGAUGAGUCAUCCGCAUCGGCAUACCAGGGCGGCAGUCUUGAUAUGCCUAUGGCAACAGUUGCCACUGGCGCAGACUCAUCCAUUGUUCUUCUUGGUGAGCUUAUCAUGACCGAACAAACCGCGUCACUGCUGUAUACCCGAAAGUACACUAGGAACUUGGCCACCCCCCGCCGUCGCCGCCGAAUGGAAGCCCUAAAAUAUUGUGCCCCAGCUCAACAUCUCGAGCGAGUAUGGAGAGAAAAGCUUGCUGUGAGCCUUAUGCAUAGCUGUAUGGGGUGCGAUGCUAUCACUCCGGUGAAAGACAACUUUACCGUCUCAAAAUCUUCCGAUACCACGCAGAAAGAGCGUGUUAUGGCAGGGGACUUGGAAAUAUUAGGCAUAGCGCCUCCAGAGACCACGAUCAGUGGCUACAUAUACGCCAAGCCGGCAACUUUCAUACCCUGGAUUGGCGAAGAGGAGGCUGAGAGACUGCGACGUGAGAGCGUUGCAGGUUAUCCGGCAUUAAUAGCCACUUCUCAGGAUUUGCUGAGGCCCCAUAACGAAGGCGCAGUGGUGCGUUAUGCCAUCACAGAGAAAGUGCCAGAACUGGCGCUUGAAAGAAUUAGCUCUGAAGAAGAAAGUAACGAUUUCAGCGGGACUAGAACCCAUGGGGGUAAUGAGGAUAAAACGGAGACACAGAGGAUUCCACUUCGUGUGAUAUCAUCAAUGCCGUUGUCUGUAUUCCGCAUUGUUUUUCCACAGCUGCUCAUUGAUUAUUUACUUGAGCACUCUGUUGUCCUGCAAGCCGCUUGA